AUGGAGAUUUUAGAACUCGUUCAUCAAGAAACAACGCCCAGUUUAGAAAGACCUUUCGAAUGCACUUUCACUGAUUGCAAAAAGACAUUUGGCAGACGAUCUGAUCUAGUAAGACACUCUCGAAUUCAUACCAAUGAGAGACCAUUCAAAUGUCGGGAGCCAACCUGUGGCAAAAGCUUUAUUCAACGCUCGGCAUUGACAGUGCAUAUGAGAACCCAUUCUGGUGAGAGACCGCAUGUAUGCGAGUUCCCUCUCUGCAACAAAAGCUUUAGCGACAGCAGUUCGCUUGCAAGACACAGACGUACGCAUACCGGUAAAAGACCCUACAGAUGUCCUUUCGAUGGAUGCUCCAAGAGCUUUGUCCGUAAAACCAUCUUAACCAAGCAUAUGAAAGGAGAUCAUGCUACAAAUGGAAGAAGACCUUCAGUCCAAUGGCAACCUUUCAUUGAGGAGAGACGUAAAGUCAUGCUCUUGCAGCAACAGCAACAGCAACAGCAACAGCAAAACCAGCAUUAUAAUAAUCAACAAAACCCCAUGGCAUCUUGUGCUUGCACAGAUUGCUACAGUAAUACAAGCAACUCCUUAGUAAAUGCAUCUCCACCUUAUUGGUCACCUCCAACGCCCGUUUUAUCUGUCUAUGAGAGCCCUUGUUUGAGUCAAGAUGAUGCCUCAAGUAGUAGCAGCCCUUCCUCUCCUUCAAGUACAUCUUGGCCUUAUUCCUCUUCUGCUGCACCUUAUCAGCAUUAUUACCAACAUCAACAGCAACAACGAAAGCAACUUUCCAAUUGGACUCCUGCUGCCGUUUGUUAUGAUCGUGAUCAUAUUGUAUUGCCUAGUUUGUCCAACAUGUUGAUCCCUGUAAAGCAAGAAUGGUCUAACUCUUCUUCUACCGCUUUACCACCACCAAGAAGAGACAGUGAUGUUUCAUUAUUCUACUCGUAA